AUGUGUGUGUAUAUAUAAACAAUGCAAGAGGGAGAAAAAUGGGCUGGUUGUCCUCCAAGGCAAGCCCCACAGGAUUCAAUGGCAGACCUCUGCUGACGAAUAUAAAUUCGAAUUUGUCUCUACCUGCCAUCAUCAUCUAACUUUUUCCAUAAAAGCUUCAAGAAGAAGAAGAGGAUAACACCCAUUGCUGCUAUCUCUCUCAAGAACCACUGACCGCCUUGGUUUUCUAGGGUUUCCUUGAUGAACUGCCAUUCACCUUUGAAAGGAUGCAUGGAUUCUCCACAGUUGACGGCUUUGUGGAGAUAGCUGAAAGCUCAGCAGAGAUGAUCAAGUAUAUAGCAAAUGAACCUUCAACUGGGCUUUUCUACAUUCAACAGCAUACAAAAAAUGCUGUUCCCAAUGUUAUCAAUCUGAAGAAUAGUGUGGUAGACAAAUCUCAUGAAACAACUCUCCACACUGAAGAUUCAGAGGAUUCAAUCGCAAUGUUAAGAUCGAUGAAAGAAUGUGGUUUUCCUAUUGCUGAUGAGAUGAUCAGAGACAUAAGGAAGUCUCUUGCUAUAAUGUCAACCAAACAGCCAAGAAGGGGCUUGAUCCAUAAUACUUCUGGCAUGCAGCAACAACAGCCAGGGAGAAUGAGCACUUGGAGGUCGGCCACUUGGGGGCGAAGAGCAAUUGGAGCCCCAUUUAAUGAUGACAGUGGAGGUUAUAUUUCGACAGUAUUCAAGUCGGCAAGAGAAAAGGCGAGCAACUUUAAGUGGCCACAACUUGACAUCAAGGAAGAUCUUGCAGAUGUUGAAGUUGAUAAACUACAGCCACAAUCCAUCCAACCACCAGUUGCUUCUACUACUUCUAGCUCGUCACAGCCAGAUAUGGACAAUGAGGAGUUGCCUCUGUCCAGUCAAGUUAAUGAUGAGUCGCAACAGGACGACAGGGUUGAUGAAUGUUUGAAUACUGAUUUACUUUCGGUGUCCGAUAACUUUGAUGAUUUCAGGGCUGAUAAAGAAGCGAAACUGGAGGAGUGGUUGGGAGGAUCUAGCGGCUUGAAUGAUUUAAGAGAUUUGAGGGCAGGGUAAGGCCAUUGACAUUGAUUUUGAAGUAGUGUUGAUGUCGUUUACAGUGCCUUUUUUUACUGUAAAAAUGAUAAUAACAAAAAUCACUCUAGACACACGUUCUUUUCUUCAUUUUGUCCGACCCCGAAUUGCACUAGUGAAGAGUUGUAUUUCCAUAGCUUUGUAACAUGACGUUAUUCUUAUUGGAAUAAGUAUUUAUUGGAGUGCCA